GAGAGCCUGGGGAUCUGGGAGGACGGAGCUGCUGAUCCGGCUGAUAUGGAGAAUACAGAAUUGGUGCAGGAACAGCCCAGAGUCUCUCCCUGUUUGCUCAGGAACUGGCUGGAGGAGAGAGCAGCAGUCAGUCUGGAUAGCGGCCCGCCUGGGCUCACAACGAAGGGACAGGUCCACAGACAUGGACACAAAGGGAUCCUGAGUACACAGCUUCUGGCCAACAUGGCCAAGUCUACAACACAUCAGGAUUCAUACAGGAGACCAGGCUCCGACAACACCCGGCAACACACAGGCCUAAGAGAAGAAAAGCUUAAGACAUUGCUGUAUCACAAGUACAGCCAGGACAUUCUUGAAGAGCUGGUCUCUCCAAUAGAGGAGACGAAGGUGACAGAGUCAACAACUAGGAGAGACUAUCAGGUGGAGGGUUUCCUCGCACAGGCUCCAACUCCCAGUAAGCGACAUGACUAUCGCACUGAGCAGGCGGUGACUUUCUGGACGGACAAUAUGCAUGGUAUCACUGGAGUCUCGGACAUCAGAACAAGGGACUCUCCUUUCAAAAGGAGUUCAGCUUUUACCACUCCAAUAUCUCAUUAUCUGGAUCAGCCUGCCCCCCACACUAUGGAAAAUUAUCCCAACAUGUAAUUUCCACAACCUAGAGAAUUAUCCUCGUGCAUCUCCAGAUGUCACAAAGAGGUCAAUUCACCCGCUGUGUCACAGCCAAUAGAACUAUCCCCCUAGUCACUGUCCAGACCAGGAGAGUGAUCCCCAUAUGUCACCAUCCAACCCUGGAGAAAGGCCCAACAUGUCACGGUCAAAACCAGAAGAAUGAAUGGCCUCACACGUCAUGGUCACACCUGGAACAAUGGCCUCACACGUCAUGGUCACACCUGGAACAAUGGCCUCACACGUCAUGGUCACACCUGGAACAAUGGCCUCACACAUCAUGGUCACAACCGGAUAGCCUCACACGUCAUGGUCACAAGGAUUGUGUUAAUUUGUCACUGUUGGACAUUUUACAUAUAAAAGCAUCCUGUGUCAUCCACCAUGCCGAAUUUUCUCCAUUCUCGAAACUUCCAUCCUGGACAACGAUGGUGGAUUAGGGUGAAUGCUUUCUGUGUGUGGGGUCUUUAACUUGUGCAGCCAUUUGUCUUGAAGAGUAAGAAGGAACAUCUGGGAUCUCUGUGGUUGGUGCAGACCCUGGAAGCUGACCGAUAAAAUGGACGUCUCCCACCACUAUCAAUUCUCUUGAUCCUUGAAACAUCCAAUCUUUAACAUAAAAGGUGCACAGAAAACGCAGUCAUCUGCAUAAAGACAUUUUCUAUUCAGAUAUAAUCCCAGUGUAGCAGCAUCACACAGAUCAGAGUCAAUGAUCCAGUUGUUCCAAGCCUAGUAAAAGGGAGGCUCUCCUGCAUCAUAGCUUUCAUGCGCUUUAACGCGGUGUGCCCUUGGUAAGAGAGUCUCGGGGUAGCUACAGACUACCUUCACACCAAGUUCUCAUGCUCUUCAAUGGAUUACAGAUGUAAAGACUGUUGUGAUUGAUCCAUGUGGUGCUGCUAUGCUGAGGAUUACACCAGAAGAUAAAGAUGUAUUUAAAUGCAGAUCAAAUUACGUUUUCUGUGCUUGUUUGAGAAUUUCAAACAAUCCUCUGUUUGGCUGGAUUCACACAGGACAGAUUUACUAAGACAUUCAGAGAUGCACUGUAGCUAUCACAGGGGCUCAGGCUGGAGGACCUUUACAGGGUCUAGUAGCUGUCACGGCGGCUCAGGCUGGAGGACCUUUACAGGGUCUAGUAGCUGUCACGGCGGCUCAGGCUGGAGGACCUUUACAGGGUCUACUAGCUGUCACGGCGGCUCAGGCUGGAGGACCUUUACAG